CAUUCCUCAAGACAUGCUCUGAUCGUCCAUCAAAUUCGAUCAUAAUUCAUCUGUCAGAAUAAUCAUCGAUAGCCGAUUAAGGACAUUUGUCUUUCUGGGGACUUGAGACAAUCCCUCUGCAAUCUGAUUGGCUGAUAUGCAGUAAUCUUACCUCUGUCCAGAAAGACAUUAAAUAGAUAUUUUGGCAAGGCAAUUGAGAACUCAAUUAUGAGCUAGAAUUUGCCGUGGAAGGACGUCUUUAAAACGUCUAAGGAAAACACCCUUCUUAUUCUACAAAUCAACAUGUUGAAGUCCCUUUCUAACCUACAAUUAAACAAAAAGAAGUCAGACGACGCGGAGCAGCUCGUGGAAUUUCCCUCGUCUUCUGGAGAUGACACAUCCCUCAUCACGAAGCUGAGGAAAGGCUACCAACUCGGGCGGCCGGCUCUGGUAAAGAAAACCGGGAAAUACCGCGUAACCUACAAAGGGCUGUCCCAUUCCGAGCGCCGGUCGUUCGUCUUAGACUUAUUUCAAACUUUGAUAGAUCUAAAAUGGCGCUGGGCGAUUUUAGUUUUUGUGCUCACAUUUCUUGUUGUUUAUUUUAUAUUUGCGCUGAUUUGGUUUAUCUUGGCAAAAGCACACGGUGACUUUGAUAACCUGAACAAUCCCAACUGGAUUCCUUGUGUAGAGAGGGCGAAAACAUUCGCAGACCUAAUACUAUUCUCCAUUGAGACACAAACGACAAUCGGGUAUGGGACAUUUUACCCCAACACGUCCUGUAGCGGCAGUGUGCUUCUGGUUUUUGUUCAGAUCACCGUCGGCUUUCUCCUGGAAACUCUGCUGGUCGGCUUCUUGUUGGUGAAACUAUCUCGACCCAAACACAGACGACACACUCUUAUGUUCAGUGAAAAAGUUUGCAUCUGCAAAGAGAAUGGGGAACUUUGCCUGGAACUAAGAGUGGGAGACAUGCGAAAGUCUCACCUUGUGGACACUUCAUCGUUUGGAAUCUUCGUCAGUGAGAAAGUCUCGAAGGAGGGAGUUGUCUACCCUUUGUACCAACAACAGAUGGAGUUUGAGGCGCAUGAGAUGCAGGACCGCGUCUUCAUGAUGUGGCCAGUCAUUUUAAGACACAAGAUUAACGAACAUAGUCCAUUGUAUGAGUUGACAUUUGAUCAAAUGUUGUCCAACACGUUUGAAAUCAUUAUCAUCUUAGAAGGGACAAUUGAAGCAACAGGCGAAAUUUGUCAAGCCAGGACUUCCUAUUCUUCGAGGGAUAUCCUUUGGGGUAGUCGCUUUGUUAACAUGGUCGAUUUUGACAAUGAUAAUGGGCAAUGGAGAGCAAACUUCGAAAAAUUCAACGUAACCGUUCCCACCCCAACACCCAAAUGCAGCGGGAAGCAGCUUGCCGAGAUUUACGGGAUAAGCGGCCAGUCUGACGCUCGUGGUGCAGGAACAGACAACAGUGGAGUGUUCAGGAGAUCACAGAGUCAAAUACUGCCCCCAAUGUCAGCAGAGGAACCACCCAGCAAGGCUUCUGAUCGACGGCCGCGGUCAUAUCGUCAUAGCAGAGCGCCAUUAUCAUUCGGCGGAUUUCACUCUCAGCAUCUAGAAAUGGGACGAACCCUGAAUGUCUAUAAAUGAUACCAGUGAGAGGCAUAAUUAUUAAUUCAGUUACAAAAAAUUAUGUUUACAAAUGUAUACUGAUUUUUCCCUUUAUGAAAUCUAUACGACGCAAGAAUUGAACUUUGAAUUACAAAAGAGUAGUAUGUGUAAUUUGGUGCAAAGUAGUUUUGUUAUUUUAUGUUUCUUAAAAUUUUCUGCAAGUCCUAGUGGGAUGAAACUCGGAAGAUCGAGUCCAAAUUUAGUCUCUUAUUUUCUCAAAUAUGUUUUUUUAAUUGAAUGUACCUCUUUCACGUAAAGGCUCUGAAUUUGAAGAACCUUUUAAAAUAUUCAAUUUUUAAAUUUAUUUCUGAAUAUGAAUAUAUACACGAAGCAUUAAAAAUUUGACUUGCACAACUCAUUUUUCAAGUUUCAUCCCUGGAUAAUUCUACAAUGAAUUUUUGAAAGAAAUCCAAACUUUCAUCGAACGUUAUUUUGUAUACAGUCCCCCACCGACUGAAGGGAGAAAGAUGUCUCUGUGUAUAUACGUUUUGUGUACCUCUGUAUAUGUAGAUGUUUAUUCUACAUACAUUUUUCUUGAUUAUAAUGUUCUUGAUAAAUAAACUCAAUAAAAGUUUUUGUGUACCUCUGUAUAUGUAGAUGUUUAUACUACAUACAUUUUUCUUGAUUAUAAUUUUUUGAUAAAUAAACUCAAUAAAAGUUUUAAAAUGAUGUG